AACCUAAUAAAAUACGCAAAAUUUUUGUCGUUAUCUUAAGUCAUCGUCGAUAAAUAUUGAGUUUUUAAGGACACAGAAGUUUCUCCUGGCAAAUGUGUGACUUUUACGUGCGAAUUGUUUUUCAAAAAAAAUUUUUUAUUUCGAUUAAAUAAAAUUGAUGGUGACUUUUUUUUUUCCUUGGAAAACAAUUUGGCUGCCCCAUUUAUUUUGUUUUUGACAAUGGCCGUCAUUUUGGCAAUUAUUUUAACCAUUAUCCAGCUCAAAAUUUGCAAAUUUCUUUGCAAAUCAACCACAAGAAAUUGCGAUGCUUAAAACUUCAAAGGAUUUUUUAAAGCUGGUUUGUUCUGACGCGUGUUCGUAUCCGGUUUGGUUUAUGUGGCAAGACCUCCUAAUCGCUCUUGAGUAUUUGUCAACAUUUUGCAAUUUAAAACACGUCUGAAGAAGUAAUAAAUUCACUUCAACUUUGUUCCAGCCUUGAAUAACUAAUUGCUAAAAGGAUAAUUAAUGAUAGAGCUCGACAAAGCCGUUUUCUCGUUAAGAACUUUCUAAUGCUCACUGAAGGGGAACGCUCUUUGCCAUCGCGUGCAUUCUUGUCGUCGAACUAUUAAUAAAUUAAAUUCCAGCAGUUGGAAAUGGAUACGACGCAGCAUUACUUUAAACCAGAUCUUCUUUAUCCUCGUGUCGACCUGUUUGUGCCGUCUAGGCGACGUUAAUCGAAAACGGUAGUGUCUCCUACGAAUGUUGCUAUCACCAGCGUUAAAAAGAAUUUUUUUUUUUGGAACGAUUACGUACUCACGCAAGUAGUGCUAUUGUUUCGUUCACGUGGCUUGGAACCUAACAAAAGAUUGUUUUACUCCAAGAUAAACAAGACGGAAAACGCUUUGAUAAUAACUGUAAUCCUCUGUAGAGACGCCAUUUAAGUUAAAGUGAAGGUGGUGAUGCAUUUUUCAUGACUUGGCAGCAAUGGGUCGUUGGAAACUUUCCGUUUAUUAAACGGGUGGCUAUCCAAACUGAGGACAAUGCAUCGAAUUCUACGAUUCAAUGAUAAGCUUUAGGGCCAUCGAUUCUUAUGCAAAUCUACGGGUUGCUUUGCACGGUCCGCUUUCCUUGAACAGAGGCGAUUGUUUGUGAGACGGGGCUAUCAAGAAGAUUAAAUUUCCAGUAGCACUGCUCCAAUGUAGCUCUAAAGAGCUUGAUUUCUAUAGUGUUUACAUCGAGUCUACCCAACUGGGAAGGUUUUGUUCCAUCACCGUGGAAAGCGGAAAAAUUAUUGUUUCAGCAAUUCGCCGAUCGACACCCGACAGCAUGUGGAUGAUAGAGAUGAUUUCGCUCGAGGACGAAUACAUCCCUGAGGAAGUGGAAGACGGGGAAAUAUCUAUCGUUUUCUGGUCGUUCGCAUUCGCUUUUUUGCUCAUCGUAACCGUGUGGUUUUACAUCACAGAGAUCGCUCCGAUCCGAAAAUCUGCCGGUCGACAGAUCACCGAUGAAACCGAUCGAGAAGAGGUUGUAGCGAAGAGAAUUCUCGAACAUUUAAGCGAAGAUUUGCAGUUUAAAGGCGAUAUUUCUAAAGAAUCUAGUAAAAAUCCUGUGGUGUCUGUCUCUAGGAAAACAGAAGAAGAUUCAAGCGUUUACGAGUACAUUGAAGAUGAAAUUCACAUUCACUAUUCAAGUUAUGGCUGGGUUGAUGACAAUGACGGGUCGUCUGAAUGCCCAAGUGGCCUGGCAGCCGGGAGACGGCACUCGAUGGAAAAUAUGGAUCUCAUUUUCCCUGGAUUUUUACCAAGUAUUGUCGAAGAAGAAGAAAUUGAUGGGGAAACUGAUACAGAAAGCAGCGACAGGUCUCAGGAAACUGAUCGCGACAGCUUUCAAGAAGACUUUGUCAAUUUGUCAACUGUAAACACUGAGGGUCUUGUCAAUAAAUAUGGCGGGUUCUCAGAAAUAUCAAUGGACGUGGAAUGUGAUUACUCUAAGACGGAAACGAAAAUUGCCACAGCCUUUGAAAGACAGGAGCCUGCGACGAAAGAUGCUAUUCUGCCUCUAAAACCUGCUGAGACCAACUCACUUUACGCAUCUGAAACUGUUGACAUCACAGCGCAAGUUUACAUGAUUCCCGAGCCGAUAAAAACAGAGCUAAAUGGCACGUCUUCACUAUCUCGACAAAACGACGAUAGUUGUCUAGUAAAGGAUACAGAAAAUCGCAAAAGUAUCCCUUCAAUUGACCCAGCUCUUCAUAGUGCUACGCAAGCAAGCGCGAAAACAUCCAAAUAUGAAGAAGUUGCACAUUUCACUUCCGGUAAUUUCGACGCUUUCUCGGGUAAAGGUAACGAAGAAUCGCCACAGGACGAUAAACCUCAGCUGAAUGGCGAUGUGAUCGAAAGCACCUCAAUGUUUACAAUACCUAACUGUGAUCCUACGCCGACGCUCGAACAAGAUGCAAAUGAGACCGAAGAACCCCAAUUAUGCGCACUGAAUGAGGCAAGGGUUUCCCGUGCUCCCGAGAAUGGCGUCGAGGACGAUUUCACGCGUGAUAUCCGCUCCAAACAUUCGGAGAAUGAAGUCCAUGCCCAUGACAACAUUGCAAAGGAUCUGUAUUCGAGGCUUAGUAAGGUUCCUACGGAAGACACCAGCGGAUUAACAGGUACUGCGAUGAACAUAAACAAAAGCGAUCUCGGUGAAUUUAAAAUGAACGGUUUCGUGGGUGAAAUAGCGGAAUCAAAUAAUCACACGACUCACUCGUGGACAUUCUUUUCCAUGUCUGGCAGCGAUGAAGCAGCUUCGUCAGAGAAGGGAAUUUCGAGUCACAAACAACAAUCGGAUAAAGUCGAAGUUCCCAAAAUAAUUAUCGACUCUUAUGACGAUGGUUUGCAAAGUGAUAAGUUAAUUCCUAACGAGGAAUCAAUCGACAUGAAUGGAAAUGAAACUGCUUCGCGGUAUGCGGACUCGUUCGUCAGCGACACGUUUGAAACCGAUAUCGAUAUUGACGAUGUUGACUUGAUGGAUAGCGACGAACUCGGUGAAGAAGGUGAAUUUAGCAUUUAUUUUAAGAGACAUGUUUCCGUGACAGACCUAGACAAGAUAAUCUCAGAAGAGGGACAAGCCGAGACGAAUGAUUUGUCUAGCGAAGUUGUGUUAGAGACGGAUCUCUCGGAAGAAGAACCACAGAAUUCCUCGGAGGACGUGGUUGCUAUUUCAACAACGGAUACGGUAAUGUCAGAAGACCAAGAAACAAAUAGCUCUAAUUAUGCAACUGAGGCAACAUCUUCCGAAGAUGAAUCAAAUAUGAAUAUUCAAAAAUCAAUUAUCAUCACUUCAACUCUAAGCGAUUGUUUAGAUAAACAGCAAACUAUCGAGGACCUCGAAGAGGCUGAAUUAAACGAUCUUCCACAUAAGAGUUACGCCGUGGAAACACUUAUGGAUGACAUUUCAUUUCAAAAGGAUGGUGUUUAUGGUGAAUUAGUGUUGUCUAAACUGAACGAGGGCCAUGAGGAUCAACCUGAAGACAUUCAUCUUGACUUUUUCGGGGAGGAUUGGUCAGUAUUUGCGGAAGAAUACAGACGUGUACGGAAACCUUUUCUAUUUACGAUCCCAGAAGACGAAGAGAUCGGAUUGAUAGAGGUAAAUCAGGGAACAAAAAGCUAUCCGUGUGUCCAGCCAAGAACAACCAAUUACAGUCAUGAUAAUGAGUCGAGUGUUUCUAAGGAAGCGUCGAUGGAACUCAAAGCUCCUAUCGCUACAGUGGAUGCAAGUGAUUCAGAAUACGAUCUCGACCUCGAAGAAGAUCGCAGCGGAUCUGACACAGAGAAAUCAAGCGAGGAAAUUGUCGCAGUCAAUGUUGCAACUAGGCAAGAGACAAAACCAGGCGACCUUUUUACUCACGAUGGCGUGACAGAGAACGGCGUGACAGACAAAAGUGACGAGGAAAAAGAUUUUGGAGAACCUGAUUUAUUAGCGGAAGUUUUCACCAAUAAAGACGUUAUUGAAAAUGGCGGUCUGAAUGAUGUUUUGAAUCUUGUAAACGGUGAAGAAAUGAACUUCAAAGGACCUGUUAAUGUCUCUGACAAAAUUAUAUAUCCAAAUGAUGGCGUGAGAGAGAACCGUGACAUUGAAUGCGAUGUCAUUACUGAAAAUCACGCCACGAACAGCCUCACGGAUAAUGGCGGAGUUGAAGACACAACUUUAAAGAAGCCUGAUUCUGGCGUGACUGCAACUAAUGGAAAUAAUGUCACGGUUGAGAAUACAAGAUCUGUGAAAAUUGUGAAGAAAAUCAAGAUAGUUGUCAGGAAAGAGGUGAAGGUCACAAAAGAUGAGAAAGCUUUGCUUUCAAGCUCUAAACAGUUGAAUGGAGACUCUGAUAAACUUACAAAUUGCAGGGAUGAAAAGGAAGAAAAAGUCAAUGCAAUUAAUGAAGCUUUAAAGAAAGAAGCUAAAGAGGAAGAAAUAAUUCAGGAAUGCAGCGAAGCAAAGAAGCAUUCUGCUUACAAUUUCACUACAACCCAGAUUGGUCCAGUUUGCCAUAUUACGCAGCCGUUGAACUUUGUGGAGGGGCAGUACAACGUUUCUCGAGUUAACGAUAAGAAAAUGGAUACCACCACCAAAAAAGAUCUUUAUACGCCGCUUAAACCUGAACCAAAAGUCAUCGAGGAGCAAAUUUCGGCCACAAGAGCUGUUGCUUCAGAUCGAGACGUCACACAACGUGUCACGCAACUUGUCACGCAACCACUUGCAACAAGCGAACAAACGAAGGUUGCACCCAAGAUCGAGCCCCAGUCUGUCGAAGCGGUGAUAGAGGCGCGCGUCUCAACCGUGGAAGCCUCUUCCCCAAAUCAGGACAUCGCAGAGCAAGUCGCGCAACACCUGACUAAGACUGAAGAAGAAAGCGCGAGAAAAAGUCCCCUUUUUCAGCAGGCUACAAAGGAAAACACACAGGAAAUUGAAAAGAAAGCCGAAAAAAUUAUUGCGCCUGAGUCUAUCAAGAAAAAUUCUUCUUCUGCGAAAGUCGCCGACACGGAACGUGACACAACGAAACAUUCAGAGCAGUCACCCACGCAGAAAGAUCAAAUGCAUAUCAAGCCUCAUCUCGAGCUGAGAAGCGUGACUAAGACUACUGAGUCACGUAUCUCAUCUGUGGAAACCCUCUUCAAGCGUGAAGCGGAGCAAGCCUUGUCGCAACCACUCGAGCAGAAGGACAAGGUGAAAGCGAACGGGCUACCAGAGACUGAGAGUAACUCAGCAUGUGUAUCACCAUCCGGGACACGAGACACUCCGAAACGCGACCUUAAGGAUAAUUUGGACAAACUACCUUCAAAUGCGAACCGAGAUAAAGCUUCCCGUAAACCUGACUCAAGAACUGAUCCCAAAAGUGUCAAAGCGCGAGCGUUACCCGCGGAAGGCGACGUCACUAAGAGUGAAGUCACGCAACGAUUACCGGCACCAAAUAAUGAAAGGAGUGUCGACCUUAACUCCGAAGUUAAAGCAACUUCCGAGUCACCUAAAACAAGCGAGUCAUCUGUCAGAGCCGAUGUUGCAAAACGUGACAUGACUUAUCGCAACACCAGAGUACGUGAACAAAUUAAAGGAUCAAGCGUCGACCCUUCAUCCACAACAAAUAAAGCGCUUGAAAAUGUAAAGGUGACUGCAUCCUCUGCACUUGUCGAAGUGGAUGUUCCGAAACGGGAAAUCAAACAACUGUUGGAGAGAAUGCCCACAAAAGACGAACAAAAAGAAAUCCCAGGAAAAAAGGAGCCGAAAGUGACCCCCAAGAAACUCAAAGACAAUGAAUCUCCUUUGGAUGACAAUCAAGAUUUUGACAUUAGUGGCGACAAGAGAAAAGAAUCCGUGACAAAUGGAACCAAGACUGAUAUAAAAGAUGAAAUAGAAAGAAAGCCCUCCAGAGCAAAUGUUGGAUUAAAAAUGUUUAUAUCGGGCAAGAACACUAAAGAACCACAGAGAAAUUCACAGGAUAACGAAAAAAAGCCAGUUAUUUUAGAGGAAGAAACUCCUACAGUACCUGUGGAAUCGCCUGUCGUUACGAUAAGUGUUCAAGGUAAAGAAACCACAGAGGGGAGAGAAAGUCGGAGGGUUCGGUCUCCAAGGACAUCACCAACUAAAUCUUUGGAGAAGAAGUCUCAAAAGAAGUACCUCUCUUCGCGUAACAUACGACUGAGCAAGAGCCAUGAAGAUCUCAGGUUCGUUGAAAAAGCGCACGAGAUACGGAAGGAUAGUAUCAAAGAAGAAGACCCGACCGAAGAGGUACCUGAUACUCAGACGCCCACCAGUAGUUUAGGCUCACCUGCAAACAGUGUUUUCGGGGAUGAUGCCAUCGAGUCGAUUGAGCCCCCAUCUCUUCACACUGCUAAAAUUACCGUGCAAGAGGUCGUAGGCGACAAACAGAGGAUUAUUAUUUUAAACGUCAAGAAGAAAGUGCAUGGAAAAGCAAGAUGGAAGUCUCUGAAUGAUCUCGAUUCCCUCAACAAGGCUUUGGACAACAAGCUCAGGAGGAGUAGCGACUUAGGGAAUUCAAUGACAAGCCUUCAAGAGGAAAAGGAAAGGGUUGAGGAGGAGGAUGGUCCGAAAAUAGUACCUGUCGUACAAGUCAAAACUCGCCACGGUCGACUUUCAUUACCGGAAAUGGGCGAGAGAAGAUCUGAACCAAAAUUGACGCUACCGCACAGAUCACCCAUUCUUAAAGUGACCGCUGUGCAAGACAACGAAUCCGUCCCAGAAAAUAACACGCCGACCAGGAUUAAAGCUAGAGUUAUGCCAGUAUUGCGCGAAACCGAUACAGAGAAUGGAGAGACCACCGUAGAACUGAAAGAAAAGGAACCUGUAAAGCAAGAUGUCAAAGCGCGCGUGACAAAGAUUUCACCAAGCGAUCCUGAAACUCGUUUAGGAAAUGCGUUUAUUACGGAAAGAGAAAAUAAAGAGGAGAAAACGCAGGAGAAAAAAGUUCGCGUUUCAAGAGUAUCGCCAGUGGUUGAAGCUUUUCCGCGACUAGAACGCGAAACAGUUACAGAAAUUUCGGAGCCAGCAACAAAGGGUAACAGGAUUAAAGUGCAUGUCGCGCGCGUAAGCCCUGUAGAAGACUCACGACCAGGGGUUGACGAGAUGAUUGCUCGACCGUUUUUGUCAACGACAACAGGAGCAAAGCCAACGGUAAAGGACUAUGAAACUUCGGCGUCACAAGUUACGCCUAUUGCGGAUGUCACUCGCCGUCAGGGUCGCGAGUCUGGUUAUGGAAGCUUAGAAAUUAGAGAUAACGAUACAGGUGGUGUGAUUCUGUCCAGCGCUCCUAUUCCAGUACAGGAAGGACCUAAGGAACGUAGUUUGAGCAGUCUUAGUAGCUUGGAAGAUGAAUUGUAUGGAGAACCUCUGGGAGAAAGUCGCAUUAUGGUCACAGAUCUAGACGCUUUGUUGGCUCAGCAAGCUGUUCCACCGGCAGAAGGGACAUCUCCGCCUCGAAGUCCUGACAAACAUGAAGUCGCCGAGAGAGUUCAAGUGAGAGCGCACAUGGGUCCGGUUCCAAAGAAGGUCAUUCGCAUCAACAGCUAUGAAGAAGAGGAUGGUGUCGUGAUACGUCAGGUCAUUGCCGACGAUCCGGUGGUCUUGGAACCUGUUAUUCUUGCGGAGGCAGCUGAUAAGGAAGAAUCCGCUGUGAUAACAGCUUUCCCGGUGAAUGAUGGUUGUGAAGAAGAUGAACUGGAUGAGGUGUUUUUGGAGGAGUACCCCCCGGGUAUUGACCCUAACAGCGCUAAUUCAUCUCAUUCCUAUAGCAGCGAUGCAGACUCUGAAACGUCAUCUGUGAGUAGUUUACCGCUAAAACAACGACAUCGGCACACAAGAUCGUCGCUCGAAGCAGGGAACAUCGGAGUUCGAAAUCGCUCUGAUUCAAGCGGUUCUUCCAAAACGGCGACGCCAGUUGCCGAGCUGGAGAAUGACAAGAAACAAACUUCCUCGGGUUCCACCACACCUGAACUGAAGACGAACGACAUUUCGCAAAAUGAAUCAUUUUCGUACAGAACACCUGAACACUCUCGUCCUGCAGUUAUCGACAAACCGAGCGAGUUUACGUCCGCUUUUGUUUCGAUUUCACGAACGACGGAGAUUCGUCGUCCUCGUGCAAGGUCAGAACAUUCUCGUCACAAGUCUAACGAAGAGCCAAGCGUGGAGAGCAAACAACAGGCACCUGGCUUGCAAAGGAAAGGCCUGGGAGCAAGUUUCCAAGACGUGCAGUUACCAGGCCUCAAUAUAGACAAAGAAAGGUUCAAAGAAGCCGCGGAUAGCCGAAAAUCGAUGCCUGAUUUGUCUAGGAAAGGCAACCAGAUAACCGAGUCGCCAUUUUUGCGUGGAUUGAGCGCUCACACUCGAAAGUGGCUCAGUCAAAACGUGUGGAUGGACGACAGCGGACAACAAGACGAAGAAGAUCUGAUGACCUCAGAUUUGUUCCUAUAUCCUUCAAAUCGCUUUCAACCUGGAGCUAACAUCGACGCCAGUUUCAUGUCAUUAGCUGAUGACAGAGAAAGAGACUUUCCUGAUGACAUAUCAGUGAAUUCAUCAACAUUAUCGACGCGCCCUGGGAGCCCAAUGUCGGAGUUCUCAUUCGCAGGGGAUACGCCCCACAUGGGGCUGCGCAGGGGCUCAAUGACUGUUAUCAAGUGUUCUAAUCCUCGAUGUGGGCGAGAGGAGGCUUUAUAUGCUGGCGAGAAAACCACUUACACUUCAUGUCCAGCUUGCUUUACUUACUAUUGCAACAGAAUGUGCAGGCGCAUUCACUGGUCCGAGCACAAGAAAGUUUGCUUCUUUGGUCGUAUUAACAGCUACAUACGCUCCUUUAUUUAUUUAUGUCACAAGAAAGAAGCUUUGAAAUUCCAGCUCUCUAAAGCGGCUAGAGAGGGGUUCAAGAGGAAAGGGCGUGGCUGCGUGCUGGUGACUUUCGCUUCUGCACAAUCUGCGCGGAAAUUUAUGACGACUGGUUGUACAUUCUUCCCCAGUCCCCCGACGUAUUCAUCAUUGACUGAUCUUCAAGCCGAAGGUGUUGUGAGCAAGCACCGAGUCGCUUUAACCCAACACAUCAAAGACUACAAUCCUGAGGAAGAAUUUGUCCUCAAUCUCGCCAUAAUUGCUGGCAAGAUGGACAACCUUCCAGAAAGUCCCGUCCCACGAAGAAAAGUAAAUACAGUUCUUCAAGUUGUCAAAGUUCCCUUGAGCAAUAAGCUCAAGGAGGAAAUUGCACCCUCACCUCCGAGCGAACCGAAGACUGAAACGAAGUUCUUCUACCUCCCAAAGUGUUCUCGGCAUGAAUUUGUAAACGAGAAUGAAGCUCGCAGGCACUAUUGCAGAAACAUUUCGAAGAAUUUGAAACAGUACGGAAUCAGGUUGAAAAAUGACUAUCCUGAUAUAUAUGAGAAACUGUGCCUUUACGUCGAUCAGAACAUUCGAUUUACUGAACCACUUACUGUCUACGGAAAUCAAGGCAAGAAGAUUGUGAUGUGCAAAAUCAUGCCCGAAGCUGGAGAUGAGGUAGCGAAGAAGUGAAAAAGGUCCUCACUUGAAACACAAAUAUUCGAAGAUGUAAAUGCCUUGUGAGGAAGUGAAUGAAGAAUCCUAGUAUACCCUCUGCAGAUUGAGGCACACAGACGUCCGCAUAGUUGGUUCUCACGUUUGCAUCUGAAGUACGGAUAACGUUCAACGAUACAGAUGAUAUCGCUCGCUUGAAGACAAAAUGUGAACAGUACCACACCGCUGGGAUUAGUGUCCCUAACAGUACGUCAAAAACGAGGUCAACAUUUAGAUACCCCAUUUCCGAGUUACCUUUAGCCUUGUCUUCAAAGCGAGUCCUGGUGCUCAUCCUUUUAUAUGUUAAUACGUUUUCAUUCACAUGAAAGUUAACUCACUUUUACCAGAAUGGCUUAGCACCAGGCCUCAUUUUGAAAAAGGGGCCAUGGGUAAUUCGGAAAUAGCCUAUCGUCUUAGCAUCCGCUACAGGACUUAUCAGUUUACACAGUAUAUUCCAUUACUUUAAUUUUUUGUUAUGUGCAAGCUUGAUUGCAUCAGCUUUAAUACAUAAUUUUUUUCAUUUGAUGUUUUCCCAAAAGUUUAAAAAGGGGAAUAUUUGGAGUGUAUCACUUUAUUAGUAUUUUACCUUGGUAAAUGUUUCUCCCACUUAGAUAAACAUUUCAACAGGUUUUGAAUGCAUUUUCUAGAUAAUUUUUAAGCUUUUAUUCGUCGCUUAUUGCCAUUUUCAUAAUGUGUGGAGCAGUUUGUCAGUGCAGCAGUUAUUGCUCGAUUUGUCAUGAAUAUUUUACGUAAGUCCAUUAUUAUGGUCGCAGUCUAAAUUUUACCGGAGUUUUUAAGUAAGUGAUUUCUGUUUGCAUCUCGAUACAUUUUUCUUUUUUUAUUUGUUUAUUACUUUGUCCAGACCUCCAAGGGAUUUCUGUAUGAUCAGUUUAGGUACAAACUAACCAUAGAAAUUAACUUAUUACAUACUUGUAUAAAACUUACAGAAAACAUAAGAUUUUUUUAAACACUGGAAUAAAUCAGAUAAACAGAUUUAACGUUAUAAUCAAUCGUGCGACUUACCUAAUAUUUCUCAUUUUCAUUGGGGCGGGAGUAGUAGAAUAUUAACGUAUCUCCCUAGAUCAUUUUAUCAUUCGUAACUGAUGGCUAGGCAGAUAUAGAAAUAUGAAGUGAUUUAAUAUAUGUUAUGGUAAUAACAAGCGAGUAAAGCUUAUGAAAACCUCACGCUGAAUCAUUAAGGAAGAAUCUCAGCUCUUUUGUUAGAGUGAGUCCCGUUCUGGCCCAUAUUUUCUGUCACGCAACUCUUGAGGGGGAGACUUUACUCUCUCUCUCUCCAGCGAGUGUUGUGUGACAGAGAGUCCAGAAAUAGACUUUCUUCCGGAGCGUUUAAGUUCGAUUGUAAGAUAUCUGGAUACUUAAUAUGUUAAAUGAGAAAAAUCUACAUUUUGCUGCCCGUCAGUUUACACUCAACGCGUGAAAAGAAGCCAAUAAUCUACUAGUAUGAUAUACUGAUGUUGUUAAGUUAAAUAUUUUAUUUGGGUUAAUUAAGAGAACUUAGAAAAAUUUCCUUUAUAGAGUCAGAGGGCCUGCAGGACAGGCAGAGAUUAUUUACGAUAUCCUUGUGUAUUGCUUAGUGAAUUAAAUAGAAUUUAGUUGAUACGUAUUUUGACCGUUAGAAUUACAUACUGGUACCGAACUUUGACUAGACAGCAAGUAAAACUUGGCAUAGCUAAACAACACUUAAAUCAACAGCACUAAUGAAGUGACUUCAGUCAAUUGCUUUCUGCAUGCACAUAGAGAAUACGCAUACCAGUAUCUCUAAAUGUGUUCCGGCAUUGUGAUAAGUAGAAUUACGAUUUUGUUAUUUGAUUAUUGGAAAGGGAUCCUUCUUUAUGACUUCCGGCGGAAGGGACAGAGGCAACCUCACAGGGAGGUGAAUCCGGAGCUAACCGUGUUCAUGGAGUUUUAACGUCGAACACUUUGUGUCAUUUUGUUUGAUCUAACGUCAAGCUUUGUACGCAAGUAAAUAUUGUAUUUCAAGUUAGCGCCAAACUACGGUCUUUACAAAAACUUAACUUCAUGAUUAUUAAAUUUGCAUGUUAGAAAGACAGCAGAUCCUUAUCACGGAUUUUAAAGUAAUCUUCUUUGAGAAAACCCGUCUGAGAUGAGCUUAAUUUAAGUAAAACCAGCGUCAGUUUGUUUAAGUUGUGUUUUUUUAGUCAAUGAGUUCGUAAAUCGUCAAAGCUUGACAGGAAAGGUCCGACUUUAAUUAAAAAAUUCAAGUCAGUCAGAAAGACGAAGUGAACCAUUGCAUUACAUCAUACUUCUUUCAUCGAAAUAUCUGAAGGUUAUCUAUAGUUCCAAGCAUCAGGAUUUAAUUUGUUUGUUUUGAAGCCGGAAGAUUUUCGUACCUUGAGAACUGUGCGAUGUGGGCAGAUUUCUCUGAUGCAGAAAUAUUUUUGUGAAAUGUGAGAGCUUGCCUGUCGUGAAGAUUCGCCAUUUUUCUCUUUUACUUAAGUCAAAAAUUGAUCCCUUUUCAAUGAAAAUGAGCAUCCUAAAUGGCAUUUGCAAGUGCAGGGACUAUUAAAUUACUCAGGGAAUUUAAAUGUAAAUAAACUUGACUGUUUGAGUUGCUCGUUACUUGAGCAAACCAUGUUAGCUUUGGUAAAUUGGUAUCUUUUUAAUGGAAAGGCUAGACUCAGUCCCUUGCCGUGCAAGUUUCCAUGAGUCCACGAUCCGGUAGAGUCGAGAAACGCUCUCCGCUAGGGACUAAGACCAGGGAAAGACUAAUGUUAAGGAUUAUAACAGAUGUUAAGGAUUAUGACAGAUGUUAGUCACUCAAUUUAGCGAUAUUCAGUAGCGCAGUCGCACUGCGCAGAACAUAUACAUUUGUACAUAAAGCCGAUUGCUAUGUAGUAUCCCAUAGUAACUGAAAUUUAUCGUUUGAUGCAAAAAACAUUAAAAUUCAUUAAACUUUCAAUGGAUUGUCUUA